AUGAUCGGAACCAGCAUCCCCGAAUAUAUCUUCAUCCGCGUCUGCAUCUUCCUCCUGCGCGCCGUCACGCCCCUCAGCAUCUUCUACUGCUCGCUCUCCAUCGCCGACCCGCCCUCCUCGCCCUUUACCAAGUUCCUGCUCGCCUGGUGCAUCCUCGAAACCGCCUUCUGGCUGCUCGUCUUCCUGCCCCGCAAGCGGUCGCUGCAGGCCUCGGCCUCCCAUCCCCAGCCUAUCGACCGCGACGAGCGCAAAGCGCUAUUUUGGAAAUGCUGGGACUUGAUUCCGAAUCCAGAAUAUUACCUGAGUAGGUGGAUGCUCGGGGCGAAGAGCUGGGAGGUGCGGAGGGAGAAUGUGAGGGAGUUUUUCCGGUGGGCCUUGCUGGACAAGGGGGACGAGGCGAAGGCCGGGCAGGGGAAGGCACCGGUUGACGAGCAGACGAGAAGUGAGGAAGAGGAGGAGUUGAGCGAGUAUGUGGAUGGGGUGCAGACGUUGUUGGGGAGGACGCUUGAGCCGGGGAGAGGCAGCGCGAAGAGUCUGAGAUUGACGGUGGAUAAGGUGAAGAUGCUCCAUCGGCCGGUGGUGUGGUAUCUGAUGGUGUUCAUUGUGGACACCCUCACGGCAGCCUACCUACGCUAUAACGGCUUUCUCCUCUAUCGGACGCGUCUCCGCUCGAGUCUAGUCAUCUUUCCGCCUCGUCUAGCUUCAUUAUUCACACGUCGCGUGUCUCCCGCUCCCGACAUCGGCUACUGGUACCGUCCGCACACAUCGAAAACCCGUCUACCAAUCCUCUUCAUACAUGGCAUCAGCGUGGGCCUGUACUCGUACGCCCAAUUUCUCACCGAGAUAAACAAGCACGACCCGAUCGGUCCAGAAGACGGCGAAAUCGGCAUUCUCGCUCUGGAGCUGAUGCCCAUCAGCUUCCGCAUCACCCGACCCAUCCUCGAUCGAGAAGAAAUAUGCCGCCAAAUCAAUAUGAUUCUCGAACGCCAUGGCUUCGAUAGAGUGGUACUAGCGAGCCACUCAUACGGCUCUGUCAUAACUACGCACCUCCUGCAGAACCCCACCACAGCCGCGAAAAUCGGGCCCAUGCUACUCGUUGAUCCCGUAACCUUCCUCCUGCACCUCCCAGACGUGGCAUACAACUUCACAGCCCGCCCGCCCCGUGGCGCAAACGAACACCAGCUCUACUACUUCGCCUCUACCGACAUGAUGGUCGCACACACCCUCGCACGCCACUUCUUCUGGGCGCAGAACAUCCUCUGGAAGGACGACAUAAGAGGUCGCGACGUCACUGUUUCGCUGGGUGGGAGAGACUUGAUUGUUGAUACGGAAACUGUGGGGAAGUACCUCGCGGGCUUGGAUCUGAAGAGUGAGAAUACGGACUGGAAGGAGGGCGAGUGGAGAGGGACGGGGUUGGAAACUCUCUGGUGGCCGACCUGUGAUCAUGCUCAAGUUUUUGAGAGAAGCGAUGGGAGAAGGAAGCUGGGCGAUGUGGUGAGAAGAUAUACGGAAAGGAGAGGGGCUGAAGAGGAGGAUCUUCCUUGA